AUGGCGGGUUCAUCCUCUGAACCAUCUCUUCCACAGACUGAAGCAGACCUCACAUCUUUGGACACCACAACAGCGACGUUGGCUGGGAAGGCUGAGCCAUCGACAAAGAAGCCUAGAGGCCGAAAGCGAGAUUCCGAGCCUAUCAGUUCCUCCGCAAAACGUGCGAAGAGAGCUACGCGAGGACCCCGGCCGAGCUACGCCGAAGAAAGCGAAGAAGAGCAGGAAGAGGAAGUCACUCAGACUACACCAAAAAAAGGCUCUGCAUCCCAGAACCGCAAAAAAUCACCUACCAAGAGAGCUGUCAAAGUCAAAGCCGAGGCUGAAGCUGAGGAGGAAGUCAAGGGAGAAGAACAGGACGAGGAAGACGGUGCCGCUGCCAAAAAGACCACACGCAAGCGGAAGACCAAGGAAGAGAAAGAGGCCGAGAUGUUGCCACUGGCAGCAAGGACCGUGGGGUCAAAACUGUUCGUCGGAGCGCAUGUCAGCGCAGCAGGAGGCGUCCAGAACGCAGUGACAAACUCGGUGCACGUCGGCGGCAAUGCCUUCGCAUUAUUCCUCAAGUCACAACGCAAGUGGGCAAACCCGCCAAUUACAUCCGAGGCCAUCACCAUGUUCAAGCAGCAAUGCAACCACCACAAGUUCGAGAGCAACAAGCACAUCGUCCCCCACGGCUCUUACCUCGUAAACCUCGCACACACGGACCCCGACCGCGCGCAACAAGCCUACGACUCCUUCGCCGACGACCUCUCCCGCUGCAACCAACUCGGCAUCCAGCUCUACAACUUCCACCCAGGCAACGCCGCCAGCUCGACCCGCGAAGCCGCCCUCCACCAACUCGCCUCCCAACUCAACCGCUCGCACCAGGACCCCUCCAGCGGCGCCGUCCUCACCCUCCUCGAAACCAUGGCCGUCCCCUCCGGCAACACCAUCGGCGGCACCUUCGACGAGCUCGCCGCCGUCAUCGCCCUCGUCGCCGACAAGUCGCGCGUCGGCGUCUGCCUCGACACCUGCCACGUCUUCGCCGCGGGCCACGACCUCCGCACGCCCGCCGCCUUCGCGGGCGUCAUGAGCGAGUUCGACCGCGUCGUCGGCCUCGCCUACCUCAAGGCCCUGCACGUCAACGACUCCAAGGCCCCGCUCGGCUCCGGCCGCGACCUGCACGCCAACAUCGGCACCGGCUUCCUCGGCCUGCGCGCGUUCCACAACGUCAUGAACGAUCCGCGUCUGCAGGGCCUGCCCAUGGUGCUCGAGACGCCCAUCGAUGGCCCGGACCCGGCGGAUCCGAAGAAGACGGUCGAGGACAAGGGCGUGUGGGCGCGGGAGAUCAAGCUGCUGGAAAGCUUGGUGGGGAUGGAUGUCGAGGGCGAGGAGUUUCAGCGGCUGGAUGCGGAGCUGCAGGAGCGUGGGAGGGGCGAGAGGGAGAGGGUGCAGGACCAGGUUGAUCGGAGGGGAGAGAAGAAGAGUGCGAAGACGAAGACGAAGACGACGACGACGACGAAGAAGAAGGGUGCGGCGGCUGUGAAGGACAUGUUCGCGAAGGCGAAACCGAAGAAGGGGAAAAACGAAGGGAGCGUGGGAGAGGACGGCGGUGAGGAGUCGUCUUGA